UUUCGGCAAAAACGUCCCGCGCGGGGGGCGGGACCAACAACCACCCAUUCCACCAAUGCGGACACCGGCGCUCCUCCCCCGCGGCGUGGAAGCCGUCGUCGUCACCUCCGGCCACCUCCGCCGCCUCGACCCGCACGUCCAUGCGCCGCUGCUCCUCGCCAACACCCUCAUCUCCGCCUUCUCCCGCGCCUCCCUCCCCCGCCUCGCCCUCCCGCUCCUCCGCCACCUCCUCCUCUCCUCCCCGCUCCUCCCCCUCCGCCCCGACGCCUUCACCUUCCCGCCGCUCCUCCGCGCCGCCCAGGGCCCGGGCACCGCCGCGCAGCUCCACGCGUGCGCGCUCCGCCUCGGCCUCCUCCGCGGCGACGCCUUCGCCUCGGGAGCACUCGUGCACGCCUACCUCCGCUUCGGCCGCGUCCGCGACGCCUACAGGGCGUUCGACGAAAUGCGCCACCGGGACGUGCCCGCCUGGAACGCCAUGCUGUCAGGGCUCUGCCGCAACGCGCGCGCGGCCGAGGCGGUGGGCCUGUUCGGGAGGAUGGUCAUGGAGGGCGUCGCCGGGGACGCGGUGACGGUCUCCAGCGUGCUGCCCAUGUGCGUCCUGCUUGGGGACAGGGCGCUCGCGCUGGCCAUGCACUUGUAUGCGGUGAAGCACGGGCUGGAUGACGAGCUGUUCGUCUGUAACGCGAUGAUCGAUGUGUAUGGGAAGCUGGGGAUGCUGGAGGAGGUGCGGAAGGUGUUCGAUGGAAUGUCGUCGCGGGAUCUUGUGACAUGGAAUUCAAUCAUUUCAGGGCAUGAGCAGGGCGGGCAGGUUGCUUCUGCUGUCGAGAUGUUCUGUGGUAUGAGGGACAGUGGGGUCUCCCCUGAUGUUCUAACGCUUUUGAGCCUGGCAUCUGCUAUUGCUCAAUGUGGGGAUAUCUGUGGUGGGAGAUCAGUGCAUUGCUAUAUGGUAAGGCGGGGGUGGGAUGUCGGUGACAUCAUUGCAGGAAACGCUAUUGUUGAUAUGUAUGCCAAGCUAUCAAAGAUUGAGGCUGCCCAGAGGAUGUUUGACAGCAUGCCAGUUCGAGAUGCUGUAUCCUGGAACACGCUGAUCACAGGGUAUAUGCAGAAUGGACUUGCCAGUGAGGCAAUCCAUGUAUAUGACCAUAUGCAGAAGCAUGAGGGUCUGAAGCCGAUUCAAGGAACCUUUGUCAGUGUUUUGCCUGCAUACUCACAUCUUGGUGCCUUGCAGCAGGGCACACGAAUGCAUGCACUCUCUAUUAAGACUGGAUUAAACCUGGAUGUAUAUGUCGGCACUUGUGUGAUAGACUUAUAUGCUAAAUGUGGGAAAUUGGAUGAGGCAAUGCUUUUGUUUGAACAAACGCCUAGGAGGAGUACAGGCCCCUGGAACGCCGUCAUAUCUGGCGUUGGAGUUCAUGGACAUGGUGCAAAGGCACUCAGUCUCUUCUCGCAAAUGCAGCAGGAAGGAAUCAGUCCUGAUCAUGUCACAUUUGUUUCACUAUUGGCUGCUUGUAGUCAUGCUGGCUUAGUUGACCAAGGCCGGAAUUUCUUUAAUAUGAUGCAAACUGCAUAUGGUAUUAAGCCAAUUGCAAAACAUUAUGCUUGCAUGGUAGACAUGUUUGGAAGAGCUGGUCAGUUGGAUGAUGCUUUUGAUUUCAUUCGGAACAUGCCGAUUAAACCUGAUUCUGCUAUUUGGGGUGCUCUGCUGGGUGCUUGUAGGAUCCAUGGAAAUGUUGAAAUGGGAAAAGUGGCCUCACAAAACUUGUUUGAACUUGAUCCAAAGAACGUUGGAUAUUACGUUCUAAUGUCUAAUAUGUAUGCAAAGGUUGGGAAGUGGGAUGGAGUUGAUGAAGUAAGAUCUUUGGUCAGACGUCAGAAUUUGCAAAAAACCCCUGGAUGGAGUUCAAUUGAGGUGAAAAGAUCAGUGAACGUAUUUUACAGUGGUAACCAGAUGAACAUCCACCCUCAACAUGAAGAGAUCCAGAGAGAGCUACUUGAUCUGUUGGCAAAGAUAAGAAGUCUAGGUUAUGUUCCUGACUAUAGUUUUGUUCUACAGGAUGUGGAGGAGGAUGAAAAGGAACAGAUAUUGAAUAAUCAUAGUGAGAGAUUGGCUAUAGCCUUUGGCAUUAUAAAUACUCCUCCUAGAACUCCGCUCCAUAUAUACAAGAAUUUGCGGGUGUGUGGUGAUUGCCAUAAUGCUACCAAGUAUAUAUCAAAAAUAACUGAGAGGGAGAUCAUUGUCCGUGAUUCAAAUCGGUUUCACCACUUUAAAGAUGGUUACUGUUCAUGUGGGGAUUUUUGGUAAAAUUUUAUACAAUAUUUCCCCUGUACAACAGUUUUUUUCUAGUGCUCUAGCUGGAAUUGAUUGAAAAAGACACGCUUUGUCAAAAGGUAGAUAGAAUUAUUUAGUUCUUUAACUAGGCUGAUAUCCUUCCAUUGCAAAUACAGUAUUUAAUGUUUUUGAAAACGUUGUUGUUACUUAACAAUAAUAAGUCUGAACAAUAAAAUGCGCCAUAAACUUCUCAGGGCAGGCUUGAUUGCUGGGUCACUUAUUGUCUUGAACAUGAGAAAUUAAAUUACCUUUUUUUUUACAGCGAGUCUCAAUAAAGGAGACUUCUCUUACCAGGUUUAAUUGGGUCACUUCUGGUAUUGAAACAUGAAAAAAUGAAUUGCUUUUGUACACUAAGAUUUUAAUAGAUAGUUGGAAGUAGAUUACAUAUUUUCCUCUUGCCUUAUUAUUUGUUACUCUCUUCGAAAUUUUGUCACAAUUUUUGUGCUUGGGAUUAUUUGUUCUUGAGAUGAUGCAGGUGAUUGAUUCAGAAGAAUAGAAGAAUCUUAACUUCUGCUGAAUCAAUAUGUGUUUCUGGCUCUACAUGGUAUAUGUUUGUGAAGGAAUGCUUCAACAAUUACUGCAUAAUUCUAUCGCAAAAAAAAAUACUGCAUAAUUUUAACAAAAUCAAUCAAUGAAUUGACAUGUCAGAUGUGGAAAGCAACCCAAUGGCAAAUCUGUUCAUUUAUUAGGAACACACAAAAGAGGAUAGCAGCUUCACACCCAAGGUGUAUCAUUUCUUGACUGUUUGCUGCUUAUGAAUUGCACAAAUCCCACUCAGAUAGUCAGAUUGCAACUCCAUAUAUCACUUUCUAUUGCUUUAAAUAUGAAACCAUUGGUCAGAUCAAUUAUAUUUUCAAUAUGGCUUUGAAUUCAUUCUUAUUAUGGGUUACCCAUUAUCAAUUUUAUGUCAACCUUUCUAUGUAAGUGGUGAAGUCUUAAUGUUGUAUUUACUUUCUAAGGAUGCAAACUACAACAAGUGUACAAAAGCAACAAAUAUUAGCUUUGGUAUUCCACUGCAAUUUCCGUUUUCCAUGGCAACUUGCAGGUAGUUAAUUAUUCAUUGGUUGAGGAAGUGCUAGUCUUAGAAAGAAGACAGAAAAAAAAAAUAGAAAGAACUUUUUGCAACAGUGCCAUCCCCUCCUUAAUCCUUAUCGAUAAGAACUGUUGCAGGACAUCCAAAUGCUGUAUCGUGCAUAGUUUUGGUGAUGUGACAUGUUAUAGAGAAUUCUUGCAGUGGUAGAAGACAGGCCCAAAUGGAGAUGCUUCUGCUGCUUGCUGGUAAUGGGACAUUGAUGACUAUAUGAUAUGCAACCAAGUGAGCUAGCUGCCACAUUGAUCUCGUAUCCUGGAUCUUAGCUAUGUAUUUUGAAAUAGCAAUGUCGAAGACCAUGUUAGAUGUUUUCAACUUUUCAUGUUGAAUUGUUCUAGAAGGCCCUACAUUAUAACACAAUAGGACAAAUGUGUCUGAGAAAGGACAAUCCUGCUUUUAAAGGAGCACAUUAUGAAAAAUUGUUACAAACUAGCACACACAAGUGCUUCUUUAAGGUGAAAGGUAAGUUCUAAAAACCCAUGUUUAUUGUCAGUCCCCUCAAGUAUGAUGGUAACUGUUUGUUUGCAUUUGCAAUGUGGAAUGCUAAGUGUGCAGAACAGCAGAACUUCCCUCUUGGUGAUUGUCUGAAGAAGAUGUUGGAGUACCACAUCCUUGUUAUUAUUAUAUCAAGAGUGUUGAAAAGAGGAUUGCUUUACUACUAAAUCUGCUGCUCCCUGGAUAAAUAGCCAUGGGAAUAGAAGUAUUACAGCUACCAGUUUCGUUGACCAUACAAGCAGGGGAUUCAAUGAAAACAAAGGUAAUACUACAUCUCAUAGUGCCUGAAGUAUUAAACUGUAUUACCGAACAGAGGAUCAUGCUUCUGGUGUUAUGUCGGUGAUCUUGUGAUUCUGGAGAGCUUCAAGAGAAAGCACUGGUCAGUGGUCAUUGUCUUUGGGGACAGGGAGUUCGAUGAUCAGCUUCUUGUUGCUUGAGGCUCGCCCAGUCUUAUCCAUGGUCGGCUGACGUGAUGUUUCAUUGGUGAAUUCUCCAUAGAAGCAGCAGCAGCAGCAGCAGAAGGAACUCUGCAUAGAAGAAGAUGCUGGUACAAGGCAAAGCCGACAAGAGGCACGAGCACGAGGCACCUCCCCGUUUAGUAGGAAAGGGUGCCUGCUGUUACACGAGACAAGCCAUGUCCGAGCGACCCAAAGAUUGAAGAAGAUUGUCAAGGUAGAGUGGAACAGUGGCACAUGGCGCAGAGUAUGUGCCUGAUUACCUCUCUUGUCCGGAGACCCAGAUUAAGGGGGGCCUACGCCGCAACAACCCAUGUACGCUGCUGACCGAGAUCGCAGCAACUUCGGUAGGAGAUGUCUUUGGUUUUUUGCUGGGUUUCACUGGUGAUAGUACAGCGUUGCCACUGUUUUGAUCGUAGUGGUGAUUAUUGAUUUCUUAUUAGGUGGGUGGAUUUGUUGCAAAGGUUCAGUGCUAAAAUCGCUCAUGUUACUGUUGCGAGGGCUGUGGCAAAGUGUCAGCACAUGUUAGUAGUACUACGUGUCAAGAGCUGAGAUAGAGGGUCAGAGGGUGCUGCACCAGGUCAGGUGCAGUGUUCUGAAAACACUCUCGUUCUCGUUAUCCGGGCGUUUGUAUUGGCCCAAGAGUCAAACCAAGUGCACUUUGUUCCUUUGGCGGUUGACAGUUUGACACAACUUGCUGACCGGCUACCGUUUCUCCGUUUUA